CCUUCGUCAGUCACGUGAUUCUACGUCAUACUGGUCCCCGGUGGUUAGCGGCGAAGCUGGGAAAAACAGUUGUUUGUUCUAUGACUUACUUGGUUGAAUAAAACGACAAGCAUGGAAAUUGGGACCGAGAUCAGCAAGAAAAUAAGAGCUGCUAUCAAGGGCAAGCUACAAGAGCUCGGUGCAUAUAUUGAUGAAGAGCUUCCUGACUACAUUAUGGUGAUGGUGGCAAACAAGAAAACCUCUCAACAGAUGGCCGAUGAUCUCUCCCUUUUCCUUGGAAACAACACUAUUAAGUUCACAGCUUGGCUACAUGGUGUCCUGGAGAAACUGCGAUCUGUUGCAGUUGAGCCUGCAUCCCUUAGACAUCAGCUCCAGUCCGACAGCAGUACUGUUCCUGGGAAGAGCCGGUCCUCUGUAAGCGAAGACAGCAGGACAGAGGAGCUGAAGGUGUUGACAGUAUCCAGCUCUCACUCUGAUAGGACUGAAGCACGUGUGUCCAGUUCUGCCUAUGAAAGCAGGAGAGGGACCAUAGAGAAGAGUUCUUCUCGACUUACCUCCACUGUCAAACCCCUCAUGGAGCCGCUCCCCUCGGAGGCUGUCAUCGACAUCAAACCAGAGAUGGACGAUGACCUCAUUGCAGAGGACCCUGUAGAAAUAGGCACCAACCAUGGUCGAACACGCAGCGCAGCUAGUAGACCCACAGCUGAAAUUUACAGAGCAGGUCAGAGCAAAUUUACAUCAGUCAGCUCAGCAGACAUGUGUCGGCCCACAGAGGGUUCCUCUCACACCAGGCAGCAGGAAAGCAGAAGCAGCAGAGCCUCCAGAACGGGACCCACUAAGCAGGAGGAGUUGUCACGGAAGCGUAAGGCGCCUGUAGCGAGUUCAGUGGUGAGAGUGAACCGAGCGGCAGACGAGGACAGUGAUGACGUGGAGGAGGAGGAUUCAAACUAUGGAGGAAGAGGCCUGUCCAGCAGAGUGUUGCUGCCCUCCAAACCAGAACGCAAACCUACUCUCCCUCCAGCCAAACAAGCCAACAGGAAUCUGAUACUUAAGGCCAUCUCUGAGGCUCAAGACUCAAUCACCAAAACUACAGCCUACCCCACAAUACCACAGAGGCAGACUGUUCCCGUGGCGCCUCGCACGCGCUUGGCCAGCAGUGAGGAGAUGACGGCAGCAAUCCAGCUGGUCCAGGAGCACCUCCACAGUCUGGCCCCCAGGGUGCAAGCCUACGCCUCUGCAGAGCUACCUCCCUCAAGGACACCUGCAUCAGCGAGAUCUUUAGCUUCACGCCUCCAGUUAGACUUAGCAGAGAACAAUGACGAAAGAGAGCAGGGUGACUAUGGUGUGGAGGUCACCGCAGGCAGUGAGGGAAAGACGUUUGAUACCCGCUCCUUCAUAAUGAGUCGACCUCAGCCGGAUGAAUCUCAGACCAGGGCUCAGCAGCGUCUUCAGGUCAAAGGGGAAGUCCAGCCUGCCUUACCACGUACUGUCCAGGCCAGUAAGGAGAGGGGAGACUCUGCCAGCCCCAAGUUCAUAGUGACGUUAGAUGGGGUGCCAAGCCCGCUGGGGAACCUUGCUGACUGCGACAUGGAGCUGGAUAACGUCAGGCUGCCCGCAAAGGUCACUGAGGCUACUGUCCAUCUGAACAGGGAGCCCAAAGUCAGCAUCCAUCACAGACUACAGGGAAUAGUCACAUCAGCAGAGCAUGACGUGAUUGACGUUGAAAUGGUGGAUGAGGACACCAUCCCUGUAAAGAAACAGAAAGUCAUGGAGCGCUGCAAGUUCUGGCCAGUCUGUAAAAGUGGAGAUGAGUGUUUGUACCAUCAUCCUACAACACAGUGCAAGACUUUUCCCAACUGCAAGUUUGGGGACAAAUGCCUUUUCAUCCAUCCUAAUUGUAAAUACGACGCCAGAUGUACUAAGCCAGACUGUCCCUUCACUCAUGUCAGCCGCAGAGGCACAGUUGCUCCUCCGCCCAAGCCAGCAGUGCAGCCAGUGCAAACCACAAGUGUGUGUCGUUUCUUCCCAGAGUGUAAGAAGAUGGACUGUCCGUUUUAUCAUCCCAAGCCUUGUCGCUUCGCAGCGCAGUGUAAACGGGCUGGGUGCACCUUCUACCACCCAACCACAUCGGUGCCUCCGAGACACGCCCUGAAGUGGACGAAAACACAGAGCAGCUAAUUAAGUCCAGUGAGUCUGACAGAAGCCCAAUGGUCAACAUAUGAAGCUAUGGGAAAUGGAGGUGUCUAUGGACUUUCAUUUCUUAGAUUUAACUGUUGUUUCAUUUCAUUUUGUUUUAUUUUAUUGUUUGGAUUGAUUUUUAAGAAAAGAGUUUUGUAAGAUGAACAGUCCGUUUUUUUGCUGAUGCUCUCAAAACAUUAAAUUGAUCCACAAUGAACUUUA